AUGGACAGCACCGGUGCGUCUCUCACACCGUCAAGUGCAAGUCAGGAGAGCCUGGUGCAAGGACCAGGCACUUCAGGAAACAGCGCAAGCACUCAUUCAGAUGAGAAACCCUACCGAUGCGACAUAUGCGGAAAAUCAUUUGCACGGAGCGCUUAUUUCGUGCGACAUCGCCGUAUUCAUACGGGCGAAAAACCCUAUCGUUGCGACUUAUGUGCUAGACCAUUUUCGAAUCGCUCGAAUCUCACGAGGAUUGCUACUGCCUCCACACAAGAAGGAAAGCACAAAGAUACCAGCGGUACCUACAGCCACGUAAACCACGGCAUGAUAACAUCAGGGGAACGAAGCCACAUGUGCGAAUUAUGCGGUAAUUCAUUUAAAACGAACCACCAGCUCGCGACACAUCGCCGCACUCACACAGGCGAGAAGCCCUAUCAUUGCGACAUGUGCGGUAAAUCAUUUUCAGUAAAGUAUAGUCUCGAUGUACAUCGCCGCACGCAUACAGGCGAGAAGCCCUUCAAGUGCACGACAUGCACAAUGUCUUUCACACAGAAAGGAAAUCUUCGCGUACAUGAACGCACUCAUACGCGCGAGAAGCCCUUCAAGUGCGCGACAUGCACAAAGUCCUUCACACAUCAGCGAAAUCUUCGCGUACAUGAACGUACUCAUACGGGCGAGAGGCCUUAUAAAUGCAAGAUGUGUGAGUAUUCAUCAACCACAUCGUCAAAUCUUGAAAAGCAUCAACGCACACACAGAAACAAGAAACCGUGAGCCUCCC